ACAUUCAUCCCCGUGUGUCGGGAAUGGUACAACCCGGAAGUAGUGUUUUUUUCAACCAGGAACUAAAAUGAAUACGCGGGAAACUUGACUGCGGUUGCAUUAGCUAGCACACAACUCGAACCAAACUUUGAACUCCAAAAUGAGUACCAGAAAGGGAAGAGGAGCCAAGGCAGCACCUGUUCCACCAAAUGACAACAAGAAAGGGUUGUCUCUUGAAUCCCCCGACCUGUCUGCCAUCGAUAGAGAAAUUUUUUUUGAAGGACUCCAGCAAAACAACAGUAACCCUCUUCAUAGUACUGCCAUUGAGGAAGAUUUGAAACUACCAAAAGAAGGCCAUACGCAGAAAGGGAAAGCAAGGACAAAAGAGUUGACACAGAAUGUGAAAGAUGUUGUGAAAACCAGACCCAUUAAAUCAAGAACAAACAAACAAACCCCUCAAGGUUUUCCUGUUCUUAAACAGCCGAUUGGGAAGAAACCUGGCAAGAAGAGUGUCCAACUCACGUCUGCAGCCAGGCAUUUGAAUGAUCAGCAAAUGAAGACCACACAGAAGAGAAAGACUGUGCCAGUCAGAGAAGGGUCCAGUCAUCCACAGGAGGAGACAGUUUACACUACAAAGAAACGCGCUAACGUCCUGUCCUCUGAUGAGGGAACAGACGAGGACACAAUCUGGAACCCAAGUACAAAAAAAGCUAAACUGCACAGUGUGAAGAGAACCCAAAAUACCUCCUCAGGUAAAAAAUCAUCCCCAGCCGACAAAGACUUAAAGGCCGAGAAGAAAAGUCUAAGAACUCGCGGAGGAACCGAGUUGGAGGCGAUAUUAAACGCCUUCCUGGAUUACUGUGGCGAUUACAAGGAUUGUGUAGCAUCUACAGCAGUCAAGCACUCCAUUGCUUGUUUCUCCAACAAUGUAAAGGAACAACUACUUGAAAAGAUUUCUUCAUGUAAAGAGCUACAGGUUCUGAAACGGGACAAUGCUAAGGUGGGCUCAAUCAUCCAUAAAAAGAAGCAGAAACUUUUAGAUGCCAAGAAUGAGCUAAUAAGUGCAGAGAGACAAGUGAGGCUACUGCAGAAAGAGAAAGCCGACCUUGAACUCCGACUAGAAGAUAUGAAACGAAGCCAAUCUUUCCUUCGAGAUCUUCGAAAGCUCAACGGAGUGUACUUGAAGUACCGGAGAGCUCACCCUAAAGAGAAAGAGACCUAUGGAGCAUCGAGUUUAGCAGCUUUACUGCUCGAGACGAAGUGUAUUCAAGGAGCAGAGAGAGGCAUCGAUAACCAACUGGAGAAAAAGCUUAAGGGGAGAUAAUAUGCGGCAACGUAAACCAAUAUAGGAAACUCAACCAAACACUAGUAUUAUUUUUAACCAUAGUGAGUACCAGUAAAGUUUUCUCUUUUUCAACAUAUAAACAUGCAAAAAAUCCUGUAGAAAAUAAGCCACAUGGUGCAGUAUUACGAUCCAGUGUCAAAGUGUGUGUACAAUAUUUGGUUUAUGUUGGGGUGUUGUAAAAUUACAUAUAUAUCUCUCUCUAUAUAUAUAUAUGUAUGUAUGUAUGUAUGUAUGUAUGUAUGUAUGUAUGUAUGUAUGUGUGUGUGUGUGUGUGUGUGUGUGUGUAUACACCCAUUUUUAUAUAAAGUAUAUAUUCAAAGACAAAAACGUCUUUCAAAUAAGCUAGGUGUUAUACAAAUGAAAAUGUCCAUACGUUACAUGGUUUUUUGUUUGUUUUUUAACUUUUGCUGUUUUUUGAAUUUUCAUUAAAAAGUACUUUGAAUACCACUGAUUCCUGUCAAGAAUAAAAAAAUACAGAGUGUGAA